AUGAUUAUCCUACAACAGAUCCUGUCUCCCUUUCUCUCUCUGUCAUCAUGCCUCCUCGGAAAUACCUGCUGGCACCGAUAUGGCAGCACCGAACCUGUUAUCCCUUCCUCCUCCAACACUGUUAUACUCCUCGACCUAGAAGUCAUGACGCCACCAGAUCACCCCAGGCCUUACUUCAUCCGAAGCAGCUCUGCCGCCCACUCCGUAGCCACAGGCAACCAAAUUUUCCGCUUUCCCGUCACGGCCAACUCGUCCGGGGGCGAGUUCACCAUCGUCGGGACCAACGGCCCGCCCUCCAAGAAAUUGGUCGUCCACCCGCACUUACACAAAAAACACUAUGAGAACUUCUUCACCAUCAAGGGGAGAAUCCACCUGUGGACCCAGACCGAAGGCGAUGAGCAGCAGGCUCGAGUCAUGACGCAGCAUGAUUUCGGGUCGUGCCCGCCUAACACGAACCACACCUUACAGGUCAUCGAUCACGACACGGAGCUUUUCGGGACGGUGUUCCCAGGGGGAUUUGAGAAGUUGUUUUACUUCAUCGGGGAGAAGUAUAAUUCCCCCAACUUUGCGCCUUAUGACCCAUCCCUGGGGGAAGGGGACAACAAGGGGAUCAACGAUACCGUCCUCGAAGGCCUCAAGGCGUUUGACGUGUGGGCGCAGCCGGACUUCGUGCCCAGGAGGGACUUUGUCAACGACAGAAGACCCGCCAACGAGGUCUGGCAUGACGGCUUCAACGGCGUGGGCAACGACAGCGGGGCUAGCUACUUCGUGGCCAAUGGACACGGCCCAAGGUAUCUCAACCGCAACGUCACGGGCUUCUACCAGGUUGUCCAGCCCCUGAUCACCCCCGCCGCGUCGGGCGACUACAACUUCACCGAGUCCCUGAUCUCUAUAAACGGCGGGCUCGGGCUGGACCAGCCUGAGGAUGUGUUGUAUGAGUUUGAUUUUGGGAACUCCUUUACGGUCCUCGAGGGUCGGCUCGGUGUUUCCGUCGAGGGAUAUCACCCGGCUGAGCUGUACACGGGUGAUACGGUCUAUGUACCGAGGCACUCGAGCUUCAGCUACAACAGCAACGCGCACUUCACAAAGGUGAUUUAUGUGGCGGCUUCUCAUGAGGGGAUCGAUACAAUCCUGAUUCGGAAUGGAGCAUACGUUGGCAGCCCCAUGUUCCCUGCGGACCAGAGGUGA